AUGAGAAAUUCGCCUUUGUGUACGGGGGGAAAAUCCUCUGAGUUGAGUUUCACGACUUUUUCUACUAGCGAAAAUGUUGGCAGUAAUCUGUGGGGAAAAAAUAAAAAACAAAGCGAAAGAUAUGUAGAAAUAAAUCAUGAAAAAAAAAGAACAAUUAUCGGAGAUGAAAGCUGUAAAUCCGUCUGGGCUAGCGAAAACAGGAUUAAUUUGAAUUGUGCCGAUGUGAAAUACAACUACUCGCCUAGCUCAAAUAAAGACACCAUCGGAAACAUGAAAGUACACACUCCAUGUAACCUUAAAGUGGGUGUUGCAACUGGGGAAAGUACUGACAAUGAGAAUACCCUUGUAGGGACAUAUGUGGAGGAUACCCUGGAUUUAUUGGCAAGGAACUACAUGAAUACUAAUGAAGACAUAAAUGAAGAGACAAAUAUCGGAACAAAUGAUGAUACAAACACGGACAUUAAUCUGGAGGAUAUUGUGGAGGGUAGUCUUGAUACCCACGAACGCGAAUUCUCCGUCAAAACGCCUCACAUACGCGAUGGGCCCCACCAUGCGAGGGUUUUAUCAUCACUCGGAAGGACGUUCGGGGAAGAGGAGGAUAACGGAAAUUCCCCUCUCAUCGGAGCUUUCGACACAGACCUGCCCGCGGACUACGGGGUGCACUACGGGCUGAACUACGGGACUAAUUACAGCACUAAAUCCGGAUCGAACUACGCAACGAGCUUCACAACGAACUACGCUAAUAAGAACUAUACAACAACCUAUGGGAUGAACAACAGAACAAACUACAGCACAAAUUAUAGCAUGAACUGCAACAUCAACUACGGAACAAACUGCAAUACAAACUGCAAUACAAACUGCAACACAAACUGCAACACAAACUAUGGUAGACCAUUCAGCUGCAACGCAAAAAAUGUGCCAUUUAACGAAAGGGGAUUGCUGAAAACCCCUCCCGCUGGCAUGUAUGCAUUUUUCCGGCCCAACAAAAAAUACGAACAACUGAAGUACAAUAAUCAAUUAAAAAAAGGAGUGAAGAAGAAUUGCAUAAUAAAUGAAAAAUAUCAUAAAGCAAAAAAUGAGUACACAUCAAGCACAGGAGAUGUUCCUCCUUUUAAAAGCCCAAAUAAGUAUGUCCCAUGCAACUGCGCAGUUCUGCAUAAAAGUAUGCAGACAGAAAAAAAGGAAAGUGAGUGCACCGAUAUAAAGCAAAUACACAGCGAUUUUAUUUAUUUAAUUAUAAAAUAUCUAUACUAUGAAAGAAUUCUGCCGGAAGCAAAUGAAGUAAAAAGGAAAAUAAGUAAGUACUUCCCAGAGUGUGCGGUGCUCAAUACAAAUUUCGUAAACAUCUGCAGAGAGGACAUCAAUCAGAGAUUUUUAAUAUGCAAGAUAAAUUCACACGAAGAGGAAGGAAUAGAGGAGUUGAACGAACAGGAUGAAGAGAAAAGAGAAAAAGCAUAUUUUAGGAAAACAUUUAAUAACGAAAAUAUCUGCAUAUACCUGAGAGAUGUAUCCAAAGAUUUCUUUAUAAAUCCCAAUGACGAUACUGAAUGCGUUUUGCAGUACAUCCCUCUCCUGUUCAUUCAUAUUAUUGACAGAUUCAGAUUACAGUCCAGUGACAAUAAUCACAAGGGAGGCAGAUACAUCUUGGCCGAAACGCUAAAACACACGGGCCCAUAUAUUUUCAGGACGAUGAAGUUAGGAAGAAUCAUACACAUACUCCAAAAAUGCAUCGACCUGAAUAUCCUCUCCUACUACAACAAUAAUAUUAUUCCCAUAUUUACCUCCAUGGCUAUUUCAAAAACCUAUGUUUCCAAAAUGCUGGUUAAUGAAACACCAGAUUCAAAGAAUCACAAGGUAAACUCCAUAACAAUCAUAAAGGAUAGGAUCUAUCGCCUUCUGCAUAGCUACUCAGAAGAUAAGACAAAGGGAAAAGGCUUUUCCCUAAGUAGAUUACCCCUCAUAUAUAAGAACGUGUACAAAGAAAGCAUAAACAUAGAUCAAAUAGGAUACUCGAAGCUGACAGAAUUCAUAAAUAACGAGCUAAGUGACAUUUGCUUCAUUUCCACACAGCAUAAGUUCCAAUGCAUCCUGAUGCCCCUUAUGGAAAAUGAGCAAAAACACCGAGACAAAAAUGCAAAACUAAAAAAAGAGAAACAGUUAAAAGAAUCCCUAGAAUACAUAAAAAAUUACCAAUGGGAAAGGUGCAUAUCAUAUUUACACUUUGCAAAUUAUUCGAGAAACAAAAAGACGGAAAACCAAGUGAAGAGGACACCACCAAAAGACAACAUAGAAGAACUAAUAAAUGACAGCUUCCUAAUUAAGCAUAAGGAUUACCUUGAUCGAAAUUUAAAGAACGAUUCUGAUGAAACCGUACCAUUGUUAUUACCCCUGGACGUUUUCAAUUUGCCCUCAUCGUAUGAUAUGUACGAUGUUUACCAUAACUCAGAAACCUAUUACAGUACAAAUCCUACGGAAGACAAUUCGGUCAUCAAAUGUAUAGAUAAUAUGCAAAGCAAAUGCAGCAUCCUAUAUGAUCUUAAAAAAUGUGUCUCUAUGGAUAUUUCCAUUGAAGAAUCCGUAAAUGUUAACCACAUGUAUCAGAACUACCCAUCUUCAUAUAAUGUCUUCCACUCUCUUUUUGAGGACACCAUAGAAGAAAUUCCCAUUGUUGAUCAACAUCGAAUGAACAUUUAA